AUGGCGGGGAGGCUGCGGAGGAUAUGGCAGGAGGCGAUGGAGGAGGAGCUGCAGUACGAGGGGGAGGACGAGGAGUCUGUUAGAGUCGGCAAGUGGGUGAGGGAUGUCUGCAUUGCUUUUGGGGAACGAGAAGAACAUGGCAAGGAGUGUGAACAAGUUCUGGGUGAACUUCUUCUCGAACCGGAGCUCGACAGUCAGCUGUUCAUGAACGAGGUGAUUGCUGGCGAGCUGAUGAAGACUUCAUUCCUGUACAACCGCUACGGACAACAGAACAGCUCUUACGGAGUUCUUUUCGGCAAUUCGUUGAUUGGGAAUGCAAGCUUGCGGCAGGUGAGGGUCAAGAGCGACGCGUGCGGCUCAGUCCAUGGCGCCCUUGACAACGAUGGCAUCCUAGCUGGCACCGAGUGCUACCCGUCAUGGACCUUGGGAACGGAAGACGCCGUCUACUCCAAGAGCAAGGCUCAGAAGCCCCUACAGCCCAAGAGCUUCCACGCCUUCACCUCCGCAGCUUCGACCGGCUCUCCCAGCUACGUCGGGAGCUUCGGCACGUACCCGGGAGGAGGCUUCGUCGCUUCGUUCGCUGUGCAAGACACGAGCAGGAUAUUGCAAGAAGUUGCAGGCGCCCAAUGGGUGGACCCGAAGACUCGCGCGCUCUUCUUUGAGAUGUUCAUGUACAGCGCCAAUGACGAUCUGUUUCUUUUCUCUCAAGUCUGCUUCGAGUUCCCAGCUGGAGGCUUCGUUUUACCGUCUAGCACGGUGUACACCUACGAUAUCAACCGCUACAAGGCGAGCAGCAUGAAGAGCAACCUCGAGUACUUCUUCUUCUUCUUAUCCUUGUUGUACAUCUUGAAGGAGUUCGCGGCCUUCCGUCGACAGAACAUCUGGAGAUAUCUUCACUUCGACUGGCCAACCCUCGAGUUGACGCUGGUGCUGCUGGUUAUCAUCAGCGCCGGGCUGAGAGUGUACCACUCGUACAUGCUCUCAAAGAUUACUUCAUCCUCGGCCAUGACUGUUCUAUCUGUGCAGCAGGCUGUAAGAGGAGCUGCAGUCGCGUCGGCAAAUCUCGAUGCUGCCUUCGGGGUCAUCGCGUUUCUUCUCUGGACCAAAAGUCUGAGAUACAUCAUGCUCACCAGGUCAACUCGUCGCUUAAUGACAGCGAUCUACUUCAACGUCCGCAAGAUGCUGUCGUUCGCCAUGAUCGCUACUUUGCUCAUCUACGCCUGCUCACUCACUGCUUUCAUGCUGUUCGGGGCCAACCUUGACCAGUUCCAGUCGAUCAACAGAAGCGGCUCCACCAUCAUCCAGUCGAUCUUCGGCAACAAGAUCUUCGCUGUCCUGGUCCAUGAGACCGGCAGCGGAGGUUUCCUCUACUACUUCGGAACCAUCGCGGCGAUCCGCGUCUUCGUCUACAGCAUCCUUGUGGCCAUCGGCAUCGACAGCUACAGGAAGGCGGUGCAAGGCGAGCAGACGGCGAAGAAGCCUCUGCUAGAGCUGAUCCGCGGGGAGCUUGCGCGGAGACAUCGGGAGUACAUGACGUGA